AGCGAAAGGAGCCAAGUCAGGAGGCGGCGCGGCCCCAAGUGUGGAGCGUCUCACACCGGGGAAGGGGCGCCGCAGCGGCGGCCGAACAGAGUCCAGGAAGGAGGGAAGCUGCAGGGCAUAGGGGAAAGCGAGGCAGGAAACCCCACCAGCGGGAGGGAAGGAUAAGGGGAGUGGCAGACACCCACCUCCGGGGUUCGGGGGCAGAUGGCCUAAGGCCGGAGCAGAGACGAAGCGUCAGCAACUACCGCCCUUGCCCGCUGCUGCGAGGAAAUGAGCGGGGCGCCGCCCGCGCUCUCCUACUUAACGCCACAAAAUGGCCGCCGCCGACCCGGAAGCGAAGGCGCUGCCCGGCGCGCGCUCACGCAGGAGCCCGCGCUGCGGCCGUUGGAGUUUUUCGGUUUUAUUAUUGUUAUUCUUUUUAACUUGAGGGCCUUGAUUCCCGAAGUCAGUCUUGGAAAGCAAACGGUGAUUUAAUGGCUUUUGACCAGGAUCCUGGUUCAGAACAAUGGCAAAAAAAAAGUGCUAAUUAACUAAUUUAGUAUUUGGAAAACUGCUGGGAAGAGAUGACAUGAAGUAAUACAUCGCAGUCUGCUGUUAACUUCAUGGAAAAAGAUCUUAAGAGGAAACUUUUAAAGAGAAAUAGUGUUUUUCCAGACUGAGGCUGACAGCUUUCCAAGAAAACACAAAAUGUCUCCUGAAUCAAAAAAACUUUUCAACAUACUUAUUUUGGGAGUCUCAUUUAUGUUCAUAUUUACUGCUUUCCAAACAUGUGGAAAUAUUGCGCAAACGGUUAUCACAAAUUUAAACAGUACAGAUUUUCAUGGCAGUGGCUAUACAAGCAUGUCCAUUAUUUAUGGAGUAUUCUCUGCAUCAAAUCUUAUUUCACCUUCAAUAGUUGCGAUAGUAGGACCUCAACUCUCCAUGGUUAUUAGUGGAGUAUUUUAUAGCUUAUACAUUGCAGUUUUUAUCCAGCCUUCUACAUGGGCUUUCUACACUGCUUCAGUUUUUAUUGGCAUUGCAGCUGCUGUAUUAUGGACAGCCCAGGGAAAUUGCUUGACUGUAAAUUCUAAUGAAAACACCAUUGGAAGGAACAGUGGAAUAUUUUGGGCACUCUUACAGUCUAGCCUGUUUUUUGGAAACCUCUAUAUAUACUUUGCUUGGCAAGGAAAAACUCACAUAUCAGAGAGUGAUCGUAGAACAGUUUUCAUUGCUCUGACUGUUAUCAGUCUUGUGGGCACAGUUCUGUUCUUUCUGAUUAGAAAACAAGAGGACACAAAAAUUCAAGGGGAGGAAGAUUCUACCAAUGAAAUCCAGGGGGACAGCUUGUCUUCCCAUAGCAAAAUGACGAGAGCAGUGGCUGCCUUUAAGAGAUCUAUUAAGCUGAGCUUUACUAAAGAGAUCCUGCUUCUCAGUGUUACAACAGCCUAUACAGGUUUGGAAUUAACUUUCUUUUCUGGAGUAUAUGGAACGUGCAUUGGUGCUGUGAAUAGGUUUGGUAAGGAAGAGAAGAGCCUUAUUGGUCUCUCUGGUAUUUUUAUUGGUGUUGGAGAAAUUUUAGGUGGAGGAAUCUUUGGUUUAGUGAGCAAGAAGAAUCGCUUUGGCAGGAACCCUGUUGUGAUGCUAGGCAUCAUUGUGCAUUUCAUAGCAUUUUAUUUAAUUUUUUUCAACAUGCCAAAUGAUGCUCCUAUUGCUCCUAUGGAAGGAACAGAUGAUAUAGCUUAUAUGAUUCCAAGCAAAGAGGUGGCCGUUUUCUGCAGCUUUCUGUUGGGCCUGGGAGACAGCUGCUUUAACACGCAACUCCUCAGUAUUCUGGGAUUCCUUUAUUCAGAAGACAGCGCUCCUGCCUUUGCUAUAUUUAAGUUUGUUCAGUCUAUCUGUGCUGCAGUUGCAUAUUUCUACAGCAACUACUUCCUCCUGCAGUGGCAACUCCUGAUCAUGGUGGUUGUGGGGUUCUUUGGAACAAUUACCUUCUUUACAGUGGAGUGGGAAGCAGCAGCCUUUGUUGCCCGUGGCUCUGACUACAGCAGCAUUUGAUAUAAAUGCCAGGCCUAGCCCAAUGACAUGAUCCUGAGAUGUGUGGAGCACUGACUGUUGUCAAUGAUACAUGUGUUGGAGUGGAGUGCUCACCAUUUCUCAGAAUCAAACUGCUUUGGGAUGAGUGCUGUAACUUUCUUCAGGUAAUGCUGUAUGAAGGACUGUAAGACAUGGUUUCCCUCCCAGAAUCAUUUAUGCUCCCAGAUAAUUCUGAUUUCACCAAAAUUCUCAUCUGUUAUUACAUUUUAAUUGCAGAGUGAUGACAGCGUAUGCUAGAUUUACCCGUUAUUGAAAGUAUUCUGUGAUGGGAGCAUUUUCUGUGAUACCUUCUUAAAGUAUGAAUAGACUCAGAAUAUGAACUGGAAAAAUAAUCUUGCAGUAUUUAUCCUACUGCACAGUCUAAAAAUAUCUGAAAAGCUUGACAUAGGUUGUUUUAUUCAGUAUAUUUUGGGAAGAUAUGCUGUAAUCUUAUUCUGCCAAAUGCAAAAACAAGGCUAAUACCAUAGCAACUAAGGUUUUAAUUCAAAACUGUUACAGAUGGUCAUAGAAAAUAGGCAGCAAAUGCAAUCCACCUUGAUUUUUGUUUAUCUGCGUGAUUUUGUAGUACUUGCAGUUAUGUUUCUCUCUUGUUAACAAACAAGAUGCAAAGGAGAGCUGAUACGGAA